AUGAAAUUACUUUACAAAUUACGGUCAGCUUUGCCUUGGCGCGUGAAUUGUUGGUUCUGCAAUAAUAACUUCUGGAUUAAAUAUCCGGAUCGUAAUAGCUGGACGUGCCGAAUAUGUGAACAGUAUAAUGGAUUUACCAAGGAUGGAGACUACAAUAAACCAAUUCCUGCGUUUACUGAAAAAACAAACCAGACACCAAAGGUAUUCCAAAGUAGUCCACCCAAAAACGGUCUCUGCAGGAUGUGUAACGUGAACCAGCAACUAAAGGUUACACAGCUGGCAAACUUUGUUCCUAUGAAUGAGAAGAAUUAUGAUGAGGAGAUUGAGUCAUACAGGUUGCAGUUAGAAAAAGCCUACAAAUUAUGCAGCCCUUGUAAGAAAGUCCUGCAAGUCAAGUUGUACAAAGAGAAAGAAACUCUGUUAGGGUCCAAACUAUUGGCAACAAGGACACCAGAGAAAAAAAAUCAAAAGCAUGAAAAACAAAACAGAAUGCUAAAGAUGUUUAUAAACAGUACCUCUUUGCUGAUUGCACUUAUACUUUUUAUACUGGUUUCUUUUGAACUUUACACAAACUUAACAUUAAGAUACCAGAAUUUACUUAGUACAAUAACUAAUAUAAAGGAAAUAGCACUAGGACUUCUAGAAACGAAAGCUCUAGGCGCUUUUGUGUGCUUUUUACAAACUAUUGGACUCAUUUGGAAUGUAAACAAUUUGAAAAACACUAUUAUAAUUGACUUGCUAUGGCUAGUAUUUGCUGCUGCUACAUUAGACCUGGCCUUGGAACCUAUUUAUUUAAGCUUGAUUAAGGUGAUAUGUACCUUGGUGGUGAUUAUAGUCUACAAAUCUAUUAAAGCGGAAAGUAAAAUGCACGUGCCAUCGUCGCCGAAACGAAUGAAGAACCUAAUCAAGGGCUCAGUGAACACUCUCAUUGACGAAUAUGAUGACCAUGUAACCUUGGACACUGAUGAUGACGUGUCACUGAGUAAAUUCGGUUUGCAUAACUUUUCAGAAUCCUCAAAUGAUACUUUUAGUCCGUUAAAUGCAAGUUUCAUGAAUGGUAGGACCUUUACACCGAGAUCAGACAGUCUGUGGACGAAACCAAAGUUGAAUUCUACGUUUUGUGUCAAUUCUGUCACAUGCAAAAGUCCAAGUUCAGUUUCUGACAAUAUAUUUGUCAAGCCUUCUUUCAAUAAAUAUCAAAAACUUGCAAAGGACGAUUCAGAUUCAGAAUUAGAUGAAAGUAUUAGUUCCUUGUGUAUAGGUAGUCCAAAGAAGAGUAAGAAUAAAACAAAUUCUAUAUUUUCCUUAAGGAAAUUCUCGGCUACCCCCAGUUUUGUAGCGCCGACACCUAUGACUCGUUCUAGGCCUCUGAUUUCUCCCAGUAAGUUAGGUCACAGUACUUCUUGGGUAGCUGGUGGUUAUUGGGGCUCUGAAAGCGAGAGGCAAUUAUUUUCUAUAGACGGUAGUCGCUCGUCUAGUCAGAGUUCGGGUUUUGAAUCGCAAACUUCCAGCAUGAAUCAACGCAAUGUGUUUUCUCAACCUCCUUCACGCGAAGAUUCCGUAUGCGGAGAGCCAAUGGUUAUGGACCGCUAUCCAGCUGUGAGCAAUUGUAUGUUGCAAACUCCUCAGAAUUACAGACGUGUGAGCUCGCCGGUGUACCCACAGAUGCAGUUCAAUAACCACGUCCAAAUACCUCAGCCUAAAUUUGCUCAACAGUAUCCAGUUCCAAGGGUUCCAGGGUGCCCAACUGCAUUCACUCCACAGCAGUCAUAUGUAGAAAGCAGUAUGUUCAAGACUCCUAGUGAGUCUGGACUCAUAAAUCUGCAGCAAGUCAAUUCUUUACCGUCUCGCUAA